AUGAUUGAAGAAAAUCAAGAUGUUACAGAAGUAAAGCGACCUUGGUACAAGAGAGUUAUAUUUCCUGGGCUUGCAAAAUUAGAUUCAGUACAAAAAGGACUUUGGAAACCUGAUUUAGCUGAUUUGGAAAUUUUCAGAAUUCUUGCUUUAGUUGAAGGCGUAAUAUUUAUAGUAUCAUUUGCAAGUGGAUCACCUUUUGGGCCACUCUCAUAUUGGGAUGGACCAAUGUACGUUUACGUUGCAAGAACUUUAUAUAAUAUUCCGAAAUCAGGACCAGAUUCUCAUCUUUUCAAGCGUCCACCAUACUAUUUUGCAUGUCACUUACCCGGAUAUCCUUUAGUAAUUCGAUUUUUUUCAAAGAUUUGUUUUAAUCAGUAUUGGUUAGGCGAAUUACUCUCAAUUUUAUUCAAUGCAAUGGUUAUAACUUAUGUAUUCAGACGAUUGCUCACUGUUUAUAACUGCGUAGAAGAUCCUGUUUUCACUACAAAAGUUUCUUUAUUUAUACCAAUCAGAUUAUGUCUUUACAAAGCAGUUGGCGCUAGUGAUCCUCUAUACAUUACAUUUUGCUUUCUUUCUCUUAUAUUUUUCAAAACAGAUCAAUUAAUAUUUUUAUUAUUAUCGAUGUGGGGAGCUUGCUACACAAGAAUUGAAGGACCUUCAAUUGUAGGAACUAUUGGAUUAUGUUAUUUAUUACGAUUAGAUAUUCCUCGUGCACUUUUUACAGCUCUUGGUUUUAUCGCCACCCCUUCACUAAUGUAUUUACAUCACGUUAAAUUUGGAAACUACAAAGCGUAUUUCGACUAUAAUUCUGGUCAAAUGGACCUAAUUAAAUAUCCAUUGUAUCAUCUAUUCGAAAGUUCCGGAAAUUUUGAGGAAUUACUUCAUGCACAAAGUUUACUUGGGCUAUUUUUACCAUUUUUCGUCGGAACUUUGAUUUUGUUUUCGAUUUCUGUUCCAUUUGCGAUUUUUAGUACUGUUUACAUUUUGUAUUGUGCUUGUAUCAAUCAUCCUGAUUUAGCCAGAUAUUCUUUGCCAGGAUUUACCUUAGCACUUCUUGUUGGAUUUGAUUCUGUAAUUUCAUCUCCAAUUUUGAAGCCAAGGUUUCAUUAUUUCAAGAUUCCUGUAGGAGUUCUUGUUCUUUUAUACUUUUUGAGUGAAUUAGGAUCUAAUAGAGCAAAUGAUGAGCAUUUUAUGAAGAUUUGUGAUAUUAUCCAUCAUGUUUAUAAUGGAACUGAUAGUUUCUAA